UUGGGCCUGGAACCCACUGGGGCUGCCAGGAGAACAGCAGCUCAGCUCUCCUCCUUCCCUCCCCCCAGGAAGAGAAACCUCUACAGGAGCGCGUGCCUGGCCCUGGCUCUCCUCGUGGCUGUCACGGUAUUCCAGCGCAGUCUGACUCCUGGUCAGUUUCUGCAGGAGCCUCCUCCCCCCACGCUGGGGUCACCAAAGGCCCAGAAGCUGAGUGGAAACCUGGUGAACCCUAAGAGCUUUUGGAAGAGCCCCAAGGAUGUGGUGGACCCCACCCCUACGGCCUCCCAGGGACCCCAGACCUGGGACGUGACCACCACUAACUGCUCGGCCAACGUCAACCUGACCCAUCAGCCCUGGUUCCAGGGCCUGGAGCCACACUUCCGGCAGUUCCUGUUCUAUCGUCACUGCCGGUACUUCCCGAUGCUGAUGAACCACCCUGAGAAGUGUGGCGGUGACGUCUACCUGCUGGUGGUCGUCAAGUCCGUCAUUACCCAGCAUGACCGCCGCGAGGCCAUCCGCCAGACCUGGGGCCGCGAGUGGGAGUCUGCUGGCAGGGGCCGAGGCGCUGUGCGCACCCUCUUCCUGCUGGGCACGGCCUCCAAACAGGAGGAGCGGACCCACUACCAGCAGCUGCUGGCCUACGAGGACCGUCUCUACGGUGACAUCCUGCAGUGGGACUUCCUUGACAGCUUCUUCAACCUCACCCUCAAGGAGAUCCACUUCCUCAAGUGGCUGGACAUCUACUGCCCCAACAUCCCCUUCAUCUUCAAGGGUGACGAUGACGUCUUCGUGAACCCCACCAACCUGCUUGAGUUUCUGGCUGACCGGCAGCCACAGGAAAACCUGUUUGUGGGUGACGUCCUGCAGCGCGCGCGGCCCAUCCGCAGGAAGGACAACAAGUACUACAUCCCCCCCAUCCUGUACAGCAAGGCCAGCUACCCGCCCUAUGCUGGCGGUGGGGGCUUCCUCAUGGCCGGCAGGCUGGCCCGCCGCCUGCACCACGCCUGUGACACCCUGGAACUCUACCCCAUUGAUGACGUCUUCCUGGGCAUGUGCCUGGAGGUGCUGGGCGUGCAGCCCACAGCCCACAAGGGCUUUAAGACCUUCGGCAUCUCCCAGAACCGCAGCAGCCGCAUGAACAAGGAACCCUGCUUUUUCCGCUCCAUGCUGGUGGUGCAUAAGCUGCUGCCCGCAGAGCUGCUGGCCAUGUGGGGGCUGGUGCAUGGCAACCUCACCUGCUCCCGUAAGCUCCAGGUGCUCUGACGCUGCAGGCCACUAGGGCAUGUGCUCAGUCCCCAGAGUGCUGGGGCUGGAACUGCAGUGCCCGGGCAUGGCCUUUGAUUCCCUGCUGGAGGUGAAGGGUUUGGACAUUCUGUGCCCCUAGGUGCAGGGAACAGAGGGGGAUCCCAGAAGUUCCCAGAAAGCAAGGCCCAGGAACGCUGGAGCUUCCCAGACUGGAAGUGAUCCGAGGAGCUGGGACCCUCCUAGUCUGGCCUGUGAGAGGCCCUGGUGGCCUCUGAGGGAACCCUGUGCUCGGGUGUCUGGGCUGGGCCUAGCCCCGGCUGGUCUGCGGCUGCCCCUUGCCUUCACAGAGAAUCUCUCUGUGAAUUGCCUCGGUCUCCCCAGGGCCAGAUGGCCUUGCAGGAGAAGCUCAGCCCUGUGCAGGCUCACAGGUGCCCCACAGUCCACAACUUGGUGUCUUCUAGGACAAGAGCCCCAGAAGGCUCCAGCACGGCCCAGGGCUGCCUGGAGCCUGUGCCUCUGCUCCAGGGGCCUUUGCUCCUGGCUGCGUCCUCUCACGGCCAGGAGUGUGACCAGCCACUCUGUCUACCUCAGCGCUCCUCCAGACCUCGGCGUGGGUUGCAGCCCACCCAACCCUGACGCAGGGCAGAAGCACAGCGCUCCUGGCCCCCAAGUCCCGGUGCUGUCUGACCCUAGCCCGAGCCCCAGUCCCUCUGGCAGCCCCACUGAGGCUGGUUCCCUGGCCAGCAACUAGCUGAUUUGGCCCUGGAAAUGGACAGUCCUCGAUUACUGUGAAGUUUUAUUUAUGAAGAAUUUGGAGGAAGAAGGCUCCGGCCUCAGGAGGUGAUGGACCCUUCUCCCUCUCCUGCCUGCUCUCUCAGCCACUUUUACCCCCAGCUGAGCACCCCCCCCACCUUCACAGCCCUCUCCAGAUACCUCCCCAACACACCCUGCUCUUUCAGGGCCUGAGCAGACCAGCAUGUGCCCUGUGAAGGGAUGGACCAGGCCAUGGGGGUGGAUAGCGAAAGGUUGCACCCCUGCCUCAGGGUGGGGUCACCUGGUUAGGAUGGGGGAUUGUCUAUUUUCUCAAUAAAACGGGACUUUUUUUUUUCUGGUGUGAAA